GCUCAGUUGCUUUCGAGACAGCGAGUGUGAUGGAGAUUGCUCGCACACAAAGCCUCCUUUUCCAUCUCUGAACCAGCUCUACCAGGCAGCUGGCCGCUCGCUGACGCUUCAUUCCCACGUUCUGAAACUUCAUCAAUGCGGUUCUUCCGACUUACCUUCAAGUGUUUUGUGGAUUGUUUCUGAACCCCCUCCCCCGCUCCCCGAGGUUCUCUCUGUCUUUUUUUUUUUUUUUUUCUUAAAUCAUUAUAAUUUUUUUUUGUAAUAAAAAAAAGACUAAAUAUAUUUUUUAUUUGCUGCGAGAGAAAAGAAAAAAGAAAAAGAAAAUAUCUAUCAAUCAAGACGUGAAACCUCCACCAACAAUGAGAAGUAUAACAACCGCAACGAAAGACAAGAGCACAGAAAAAGAUGGGAGCUCCAGAGCCCCAGAAAUGGAGGGAUCAGAGACAGCAGGCGGGGGUGAAACAGUCCCAGAUGAGAAGGCUGUCAUCGCUCCUCUGGUGCUGCCCUCAAUGGGCCCAGUCAAGAUACCAAUCCCAGAGAGAGAGACAUGGACCCGUCAGAUGGAUUUCAUCAUGUCCUGUGUGGGUUUUGCCGUUGGUUUGGGAAAUGUAUGGAGGUUUCCAUACCUCUGCUACAAGAAUGGAGGAGGUGUGUUUCUUAUUCCUUACUUGCUGAUCGUCUUCGUGGGAGGCAUUCCUGUGUUCUUUUUGGAAAUCGCUUUGGGUCAGUUCAUGAAGCAGGGAGGAAUUGCAGCAUGGAACAUUGCCCCACUUUUUAAAGGUCUUGGUUUUGCCUCCAUGGUGAUAGUGUUCUUUUGUAACACCUAUUAUAUUAUGAUCCUGGUCUGGGGCCUCUACUAUCUAGUACACUCAUUUACCAACACCUUGCCCUGGGCCACCUGUGGAAACCCGUGGAAUACAAAGGAGUGUACUGAAGUCUUCCUUGUAGAUCAUUGCUCCAAUGAGACCACAACAAAUGACACCAAUUCCAGCGUCAUGUACAACAUCAGUUGUGAUGCUCUUCUAAACAAACGGUCUCCAAUCAUUGAGUUCUGGGAGAAUAAGGUGUUACAGAUCUCCAAUGGUCUGGAACAGCCGGGGCAGUUAAACUGGCAGAUGAUACUUUGCCUGCUGGCCACCUGGAUUAUUGUCUACUUCUGCAUGUGGAAGGGAGUGAAAUCAACAGGAAAGGUGGUCUACUUUACAGCUCUCUUUCCGUAUGUGGUUCUGAUUAUCCUCUUGGCUCAUGGGGUCACUCUGCCAGGGGCGCUGGAUGGUAUUGUCUACUAUCUAAAACCUAAUUGGUCUAAGCUUGCUGAAGCUCAGGUAUGGAUUGAUGCUGGAACACAGAUCUUCUUCUCCUAUGCUAUUGGUUUAGGGGCAUUAACAGCUCUGGGCAGCUACAACAGAUUUCACAAUAACUGCUACAGGGAUGCUUAUAUUCUGGCAGCUAUAAACAGUGCUACAAGCUUCUUUGCUGGUUUUGUGGUUUUCUCUGUCCUGGGGUUCAUGGCAUCAGAGCAGGGAGUCGACAUAUCAAAGGUUGCAGAGUCUGGUCCUGGACUAGCCUUUAUUGCAUAUCCAAAGGCUGUGACUUUGAUGCCAUUCGCUCCAAUCUGGGCAGCCCUGUUCUUCUUUAUGCUCCUGGUCCUUGGUCUUGACAGUCAGUUUGUGGGGGUCGAGGGAUUCAUUACCGGGAUCAUGGAUUUAUUUCCACAACCAAUUAAUGGCUUUGUGCGCAGGGAGGUCAUCGCUGCACUCUGCUGCCUUCUAUGCUUUAUAAUAGACCUCUCCAUGGUAACUGAGGGUGGGAUGUACGUCUUCCAGCUUUUUGACUACUAUUCUGCAAGUGGCAUCACACUGCUGUGGCAAGCCUUCUGGGAGUGCGUGGUUAUUGCGUGGGUUUAUGGUGCAGAUCGAUUUAUGGACGACAUUGCUCGGAUGAUUGGUUACCGGCCUCUCCCUUACAUGAAGUGGUGCUGGUCUGUGAUUACUCCUCUUGUCUGCGUGGGUAUUUUCUUGUUUCAUGUGGUUAACUACAAGCCUCUGACAUACAACAAAACCUAUGUCUAUCCCUGGUGGGGUGAGGCAAUUGGCUGGGGUCUGGCCCUGGCUUCUAUGCUGUGUAUUCCACUGACUGUUGUAUGCAAGCUGCUAACAUCCAAAGGGUCUAUGCGGGAGCGCUGGCACCACCUUACCACCCCGGUGUGGGGUCACCACCAUCUUGAAUACCUUACCCCUGAGGCUGAAACCAAACUGCUCCCUCCGGACUCUGUGGUCACAAUCGGCAAGGAGAAAGCCACAUUAUUCGAAACAGUCAUCUAAGAAGUCGCCCAUGCUAGCAGCCUGCCGCUUCUGAUGUGUUGUAAUGUGUUGUGCCAAUCCAUCCAUCUGUGUUUAACUCCUGUGCUGCUCCCCACAAGGUGGCCAAGCCCUGGUGAGGACGGCCUUGUGCAGUACACCGUGAUAUAACCAACCCCCUUCUCCUUUUCAUUAUGUAUCAUAUCAGUGUCUGUUCUGUAAUAGCUGGCUAGGGUAAUAUCAAAAUAUUCUUAUGUAUCACCUGCUUCACGCCAGCAUUAUGCCACGAUGCCAUGUCCUGGGUAAUCUUGCUUUAUCUAAAAUUAUGUUUACAAAGAAUUGUUAUGGUCUGGACCCAUAGGUUCUGCAUCCAUGUAAUAUACAGAGCGAGGCUAUAAGGCUCUUCUGGUGUAAUUGUCCGCAUCUAGACCAAUACUUUGUAUGAGGGAGCCCCAGCAACUGAGAUGAUACCCAUAGAGAGCAGGCUUAAGUGCCUCUUUAUCAUGACAGAGCAAACAAGAGUGUACACAGAAAAUAGGUGGCCCUAUAACAAAGAUCAAACUGGGCCCCUUCUUAUAGUGCUGGGUUUUGCCACCCUAGACCCAAUGAUCUGGUGUUUGUUGCCCUCUCCACACCUUUUCUGUGACCCUAUGGCCAAUUUUCCACCUCCUUGUUUGUUAUUGGGGAAGAGACCCUGUACAUGACUCCAAAAGAAUUGCACGGUCCCUCUCGCCAAGGGCUCCAAGCAGAUGCACGGUCUGCCUUUAUGAUAAAUAUACCCUUGGAGACAUGUUGUAAUGCACCAAUCUCUUUUGCAAGGCAUGAGGAAAGGGAAAACAUUGGGGUAAAGAAAAACACAGUGUCAUCCUAUCUAGUCAUAUCAUGGUGGUAACUACCCACAUCAGUAGUGGGCUUCAUUGUGCAAUGCGAAUAUACUAUCAGUAUGAACAGGAGAAUGGCAACUAAGUGAAAUACCUGAGCUAUGGGGUUUCUCUGGUGUACAUCUUGAGUAGCUUGGGCCUCAUCUUCCUAAAAUAUGGUGCAAGAUACUGGGCACCUACGACAUCUCUUUCUAAAAAAUUUGUCAGCACUAGAUAUGACUUGUAAGCUGCUAAACUUCUAUGGACCCAAAUGCUGUCGGAAACCUUUAUAACUAUGGUUCUCUGUACCUUUAUUCUAUAAAAUACAAUUACACCAUAAUAAAAGAUUUAGAGACAGGACAAACCAAUAUUUUUAAUUAAUAUCUUUUAACCCCAGUGAGGGGUUGAGCAUCAGUCUGGAGCUCCUUGGGGCACCAGAGCUUAUGGUUACUGGGGGAGAUUUAUCAAAACCUGUGCAGAGGAAGAGUGGUGCAG